CGACCUGGUCGCACGGCCCACGGCGGCUAGUUCUAGCAAGAUGCGAAGGAGCCAAGUCGCCACUGCGCUCUUUCUCAUAGCUGGCUGGCUCGCCAAUGACGCAUCUGCGAGCAUUGGCGAUCGCUCUAUGGCUUACCAGGCUUGUCGAAACGCCUGCAUCGAUCAGACAUGCUCAGGCAACCCGAGUAAUUCUCAGUCACUGAGCUGGACGCUCAGAGCUUUUUGGUGGACAUGUGGCGAUCAGUGCGCAUACGUUUGUAUGCAUCAUCUCACGGAUCUGGCACUCAGCGUGGGGCAAGACAGCGCGGUACCGCCUGCCCUCGUUGACUUGCGUCCUGGUCGAAUGUCGCAAUUCUACGGCAAGUGGCCAUUCUACAGGCUUGGCGGGAUACAAGAACCACUAUCUGUUGUGUUCAGCAUAGCCAACGGAGUCGCACAUGCGGCUUAUCUCCCGCCUAUGCGGCGGCUACGCGCCAACAGAGGAUUCCCAGCGCCACUCGCGCCGUUGUAUGCAGCACUGCCAAUGGCGGGCAUCAAUACUUGGGUGUUCAGCGCCAUCUUCCACACGAGGGAUUGGCCGUCCACAGAGAAGCUCGACUACUUCUCAGCCGCAGCAGGCGUCAUGUUUAGCUUGUUCGUCGCGUCCGUGAGACUGUCAGGCAUAUACACCGUCUCGACUGCAGAUCGAAUGCGGAGGCGGUUUCUGGGCACCGUCAUGACCAUCAUCUUGCUCGCACACACGUCAUACUUGACCUUUUGGCAUUUCGAUUACAGCUACAACAUGAAAUUUGGCAUCUGCCUGGGACUGUCGCACAAUGCCUUGUGGGUAAUUUGGGCGCUGUCAUUCCGAUCGUACAAGCAACCGAAAGCACGUGCCAGGGAGAUACAGCAGAUGCGCAAGGUCGCAUGGCAAGGUGUCGGUGUUCUGACAGCUUUGACAGCAUGCACAGCGCUCGAGUUGCUUGACUUUCAGCCCAUCGGACGACUGCUCGAUGCGCAUGCACUAUGGCAUCUCAGCACUAUACCCAUUGUCUGUCUGUGGUAUCAGUUCUUGCUCGACGAUGCCAUGCUCUUGUCAGCGCAGCACGGCGAUACCAGAAGGCAGUCUGCUCUUCCUGAGUCGAUACCACCCACUUCGUCACGCUGGAUCAGGCCCGCCAAACGAUCUUGAUGCACACAACUCCGGAAGAGACAACAGUACAGCCAGUCCUGGCAGAUAGCCAUCCAGUGCGAGGUCUUCAGGCGGCGCCAGAUCUUGAUGGACUUGCUGCCAAUCUCGUGACAUGAUAG